UGACGUUUAACCAUUUGAUCAUAAAACAACAUGUAAAAUGUAUACAGUAAUACCCAUCUUUCUGCACAAUUUUUUUUUCUUAAGUUUUUACAAGUAUCCCCACCAUUUUACUGCGCAUCCAGCUCCGCACAGUUGCUUUAAAUGUAUUGUAUCUCAUGUUUCAUUAUCCUUACAUUUGCAUGUUCGUAAAGGGUAGUGCUGAAAAAUGAAUUUAACAAGUAGAACUAUUUUUACAAGAUUGGGAAAACAGUGUAAAGCAAAUCUAGUUCAGUUUUUAAAUAAAGAUCAUUGCUCUCAAUCUUGCGAUGCUAUCCAUAUUCAGAAAAGAUUUAAAACACGACUAAGUAAACCUAACCUGUAUGUGGGUAAAAACAAAGCAAGGAAAUUUAUUGAAUUGCCUGCAACACUUGGGCCUUUUGGAUAUUUCUUGCUGAGCAUUCCAAUUGGUACAUUUCUGCUUGGCACAUGGCAAGUGAAAAGACUUAAAUGGAAAGUCAACCUAAUACAGAAUCUGAAUGAACGCAUUUCUCACGAACCUCUUCAACUACCAAAUGAUUUACAGCAACUAGAGGAAAUGGAAUAUUAUCCUUUUAAAGUUAAAGGAACAUUUUUGUAUGAUCAAGAAUUUCCUAUAGGUCCUAGAAGUUUAAUAGUGGAUGGCGAUUCUUCUAGUCAAGGUUCUUUUUUAGGAAAUAAAGAUACCUAUCAAGGAUAUUACAUUAUUACGCCUUUCAAAUUAUCAGAUCAGGAUUUGACAAUCCUGGUAAAUCGUGGUUGGGUUCCUAAGACAUUAAAAAACGCAAAUACAAGGCAGUAUACUCAGGUAAAAGGUGAGGUGGAAAUUGUAGGUGUUUUAAGAUUGAACGAGAAACGGCCACAGUUUCUACCAAAAAAUUCUUCAAAGGAUGAUGUAUGGUACUAUAGAGAUGUGUAUGCAAUGGCUGAGAAAGGAAAGACAGCUCCUAUAUACCUUGAUAUGAAAAGCGAUAAAAACUUUCCCAAGUAUCCAAUAGGAAGUCAAACAAAAGUGAAAAUAAGAAAUGAGCAUUUAAGUUAUAUCAUCACAUGGUAUUCUCUUUCUGGGUUUACUGCAUAUAUGUGGUAUAAGCUAAUCAUUAAAAACAAACCAUUAUAAUGUAAUUAUCUAAUGGUUAAAAAUUAGGAAUACAGAAUGAAAUAAGUCAAAGUUUGUAGAAGUUUUUAUUUUAGAAUAUAACAAAGUGAAUGUUUCAUACUAA